AUGGCAGAAUAUGAGGCAUGUAUCUUCGGUAUCGAAGCAACAAUGUACUUAAGGAUCAAAAUACUUAAGGUAUACGGAGACUCAACUCUCGUCAUCAGUCAAGUUCGAGGAGACUGGGAAACCCGUGAUCGCAGGUUGAUUCCUUAUAGAGAGCACGUUAUGAAAUUGAUUCCCUACUUUGAUGAAAUCACUUUUCAUCAUAUCCCGAGGGAUGAGAAUCAAUUAGCAGAUGCUCUUGCUACUUUAGCAUCCAUGUUUAAGGUCAAGUGGAGGAAUGAAGGUCCUUCUAUCCAUAUUGAGCACCUGGAUGAGCCUGCAUACUAUUUGGCCACCGAGGAAGAAUAUGAUGGAGAGCCUUGGUUCCAUGACAUUAAGAUGUAUGUUAAGAAACAAGUAUAUCCUGAGAAUGCGUUUAUCACAGACAAGAAGGACUUCAGGAAGUUAUUAUCUAAGUUCUUCUUGAGUGGAGGUGUACUUUAUAAGGGGAGUUAUGAUUUGGUCUUGCUCAGAUGCAUGGAUAGACAUGAAGCAGAAAAAGUUAUAACAGAUGUGUAUGAAGGUUCCUUUGGAAAACAUUCUAGUGGGCAUUCAAUUUCUAAAAAGAUCCUCAGAGCGGGAUACUAUUGGAUGACUGUGGAAGUAGCCAUAGACCAUUUCACCAAAUGUGUGGAAGCUGCAUCAUAUGCUAACGUAACAAAACAGGUGGUUGCCCGCUUUUUGAAAAGAGAUAUCAUCUGCCGUUAUGGGAUUCCUAACAAAACCAUUACUGAUAAUGGUUCAAACCUCAAUAACAAGAUGAUGAAGGAACUGUGCAAAAACUUCAAAAUUGAACAUCAUAACUCCUCCCCAUACCGUCUGAAGAUGAACGGUGUUGUUGAGGUUGCAAACAAGAAUAUAAAGAAGAUUAUUCAAAAAAUGGUGAAGACAUACAAAUAUUGGCAUGAAAUGCUACCUUUUUCUUUGCAUGGUUAUCAUACCAUGGUGCGCACUUCGAUCGGGGCAACCCCUUUUUCAUUGGUAUAUGGUAUGGAGGCAGUACUUCCCAUUGAGAUGGAGAUCUCUUCUUUAAGGAUUCUGAUAGAUGUCGAGCUUGAUGAGGUUGAAUGA